CUACCAAUCAGAUCAGGUCUAUUAUGGUAUAUCAAGCUUUUCCCACCUUCCUUGAUUGUGGGGUGCUGACUUCUGUUCUUCAAACAGUAGGUCAUGGUCUAGGUGUUACAUCUGAACCUACUUAUUUGAACUGUGUCCAGAUCUUGCCUUUGCCUUUUGCACAACAGCAGUUCUAGCCUGUCUUCUCAGUCUCUUUCAGGACACUUCCAGCUGGUGUUGAGUGCUGGUACAACCUCCUUCUGGACAUGGCAAAAGGUUCUCAAGGGGAUGAGCAUCGUAUAAAAUGAUACAGCCAAAGCCAUCUUCUCAUUUUCUUUCUCUGACUAAUUACACCCGUUCUUGUGUUUGGUCCACACUUCAAGUCUUGGAGUCUGGUUCACUCCAUCUGACUGUAGGCUUCUACCAGAGGCACCAAAUCCAGCCUGUUACUUUCUUCUCCACAGCCAAAGGAGGGAGGGAGUCACCUGUGGAGACAGAUAAGACCAACUAAGAUGAGAAUUACUAGACACAAGUAGCUGCCUUUUACCCUUUCUCUUCUGCUUGUUACAGCAGCACUUUGGGGGUGGCUGAGUUCAGUUAGCUGACUGCUAUGAUCUCCCAACUCUUUGUUUCUUGGUUCUGCUGGGCUGUUUUCCUUUGUGCAGACUCAAGAGGCCUGUGGCAUAAGGACAGUUACAAAUUUUGACAAUCAUAAAAGCUAGGAUAUUUUUAAAAUAGAAGUUAAAGGUAUAGAUAAACAGCUACCUCACAUCACAGUCCUUCCUAACAGCUCUGCCAGGUCUGGGAAUGUAAUUAGUUGUUUGGCUUUUUCCUCCAAGGCCUGAAAUCUGGAUAAGUGAGACCCAUCUUUUUUUUUCUGCUGCGUGCAGCAAGCAUGUGCUUAAGGAGUUAAUGAUUGCUGUGGCUGAUUUAGAGAUCAGUUGCUCCUACAGUGUGGUACAUUGUAAUUUCUUACCUGAAGUAAUCAGCACCGAUUAGGAAAUGGCCAAAGUUGAAAGGUUUGCUUUUCAUGUUCCAAGUCUGGAGGAGCUUGCUGGGGUUUUGCAGAAAGGGCUUAAAGAAAACUUUGCUGAUGCGCAAGUCUCUGUUGUAGACUGUCCUGAUCUGACUCAGGAGCCCUUCAACUUUCCUGCUAAAGGAAUCUGUGGAAAGCCCAGAAUAGCAGAUGUGGGAGGUGUUCCCUACCUCAUACCUGUUGCACAGAAAGAAAAAGUUUAUGAUCUAAAUACAGUUGCAAAAGACAUAGAGCUGCCUGGAGCCUUCAUUCUUGGAGCUGGAGCUGCUUCAUCUCAGAUUCUUGGAGUAAAUGCUGAGGAAGCAUGUGAUUGCUUUGAAGCAUGCAAGAGACAAGAUUUUUUGAAACUGAUUGACCAAGACCUGAUCAGAGGUUUUAAUGACAAGAUUCAGAAAUGCUUAUCAAAGUUACUGCUUAUCCCUAUUGUUCAAACAAAGAGUGAAAAAAAGACUGCUGUAAACGGGAGCUACGUUGCUCAGAUAAAUCCUGCAGAUAAAGGGUGCCUGCUUGAGAAAUACAGCAGUAAAUACACUGACUGUGAGUUUGGGCUGUUGGCCAACCUUUAUGCCAGUGAGGGCAAACCUGGCAAGGUCAUUGAAGUGAAAGCCAAUGGAAGAACUGGGGAACUUAACUUUGUGUCUUGUCUGAGACAAAUUUUAGAGAAACACUAUGGAGAAAAGCCAGUUGGGAUGGGUGGUACUUUUAUCAUUCAGAAGGGGAAGGCAAAGAUUCAUAUUAUGCCUCCAGAAUUUUCUGCUUGCCCUCUGAACACAGAUGAGGAUGUGAAUAACUGGCUGAAAUUCUUUGAAAUGAAGGCUCCACUGAUUUGCCAGCCUGUAAUAGUUUCCAGAGAUCCAGGCUUCGACCUGCGCCUGGAGCACACGCACUGCUUCAGCCACCACGGGGAAGGAGGGCACUACCACCAGGACACCAGCCCGGACAGCGUGCAGUACCUGGGCUACCUGCUGCCCGCCGAGCUGCUCUUCCGCAUCGACCGGCCUCUGGAGACGCACCUGGUCGGCAGGGACUGACACGGGGGGCUCAGCCCCCUCAUCCGCUCAGUCUUUCUACGACAUAAAUGCUGAUUGUUCUAACGCUUGAAUGAUGCACGUUGAUCAGAGUGAAGAAUAAACACGAGAGCAGGA